CAGCCCAAGGCGGCAGCGGCGCAGAUAUCCUCGGUCCGGUCGAUGUAAGCAAAGCAUGAACUCGCUUUGAAUUCUUUGAAUGGUUUGUCGAGCUCUUUUGGGCACUGCAAUUUUAAUUAUUACUGAAGCAUUCGCUGCGCAAAUCCAUUUUUUGGGUGGGGUGGUUUUUAUAUGUAGAAGCCCCAGUCGCCAGCAUUGAGGGCGCAGACACCGACAAAGCUCAGGGCGUCGUCGCCAGCUUUUCAGCCAUCGCCAGCCAAAACGCAGCAGAGUAUUGUUGGGCUCUUGUCACCCGGAUCGCAGUCCAAAAUUGGCCCUGGAAACAGUAUGCCAUUGAAGAUCGCACCCGCAUUCACUCCUCGGCAUCAGAAGCAGCAGCAGCAGGAUGCACAACGGACUGGUCAGACACUUCCCAAAAAGGUUGGCCAGGUCGCAACACAGCUCACGACUGCAUUCACAAAGGCAUCCUUGGACGACAGCCCAGCCGCCGCAAGCAGCAGCGACAGGAACAGUAUGGGCGUCGAGGACGACUUUGUCAUGACGCUGCCACAGGGCACCAGCCAGACGACAUUUAUGAAGCCGAUCGGACACUUUGCAAUUGACGAGAACCUUCGGAGGCUACUAGUCACGGAGCUACAUACAGAAAAUGAAGUGGUGGAAUCGGGUCUGCCAUUUCAAAUUCACAAAUACCACUCGCUGAGCCCGCUCGAGACAGUCGAUAUCUUUGAUGCCUCGGGGUCCAUCAAGGUGCAAGCAAUGAAGGCACAGUCCAUUGUUGACGGCCGCCACUACACUCUGCACCGCAUAACCAGCGCGCAUGCGGCAAACCAAGCAGCUCUCGGCGAAGUUGACAAAUGGAAACUGGUGCAGAAUCCAAGCAUCGCUCAAGUACAUGAGGCCUUUACCACUCGCGCGUUUGGCGACAGCUCGCUGAUUAUUGUGCGCGACUACAAGCCGCUAGCAUCAUCUUUGAAGGUCAAAGUUGUCGAUAGCCCCUUCCUCUGGAGCAUUGUCCUGCAGCUGACUUCGGCACUGAGGGCCGUGCAUUCCGCUGGUCUGGCCGUGCACACAUUGUCGGUGUCGACCGUCAUUCUCUCCCCAGCUAACAGGAUCUAUCUUAACACGUGCGGGCUGGCUGACGUGCUGUCGCUACGAGACAGAGUCAACAUUGACGCCUCCCAGCAGGGCGACCUGCACGCGAUUGGUCAGAUUCUUAACGUUAUCCUGGGCGUGAAUCCCGAAAACAUUGUCAGCAUAGCAGGGCAGGCGCCGGUGUUGAUUCCGGGCGUCAGCUUUUCAACUGACUUUAAAGAGCUGCUUAGCUAUCUCAACGGCCGCCUGACCCCGGUGAUUGCCAUCGACGACAUUCUGCGCCUGGCCGGAUCGCGGGUGUUUGCCGAGCUCGAUGCCGUGCGCCGUGAGGCCGACUUGCUUCACAGCAACAUCAGGCUGGAGAUGUCCAACGGGCGGCUGGCGCGGCUGAUGUGCAAAAUGAACUUUGUCACCGAGCGAGCGGACAACAGCAUGGACCCCGAGUGGUCAGAGACUGGCGACCGAUACCUCAUCAAGCUCUUCCGCGACUACGUGUUCCACCUGGUCAACGAAAACGGCAGGCCCGUGACAGACAUGGCUCACGUGAUUGGUAAUCUCAACAAGCUCGACGCAGGAUCGACCGAAAAGGUCAUGCUCAUGUCCCGCGAUGAAAAGUCGUGCUUGGUUGUCUCAUACGCCGAGAUCAAGCGCUGUGUCGAGGAAUCUUACAAGGAGCUCAUGACAUCGCCCAAAGUCUGGAAAUAGUUCAAACAAUAUAUAAGGAAUAUUUACUUUGCUUUGCUUUGCUUUGCUUCUCCGCAGCAGGCACGACCGUCCAUCCAUGCAAAUUGCAGUGCCAAAGUUUGCUUCGAUUCGAGCUGAAUCGAGCCGCAGCAAUCUUUCCUUCCCCGCAGCGUAGCGUAGAAAAUCGUUUUGGGCCUCCAUCACGCGUGCACGCUUUCUAUAAAUUGGCGCGCAAAUUUUUUUUUACAAAAGGCCCAAAAGGAAGCAGCUUAUAGUAGCUCUCUCGCUGUGGCUGCUACAACAAAAAA